AUGUUGGACCCGGCGACGCAGAAAAGGCCGGUCGACACCGACGCGCCGGCGCCCGUGUCCGACAUCGAAGACAGCUCCAUCAGCUCGGCCAAGGAUAUCUUGGAACACGAGGGAGAGGACCCCGUACUGGCGAGAAAGAUGCGCCUCGUCAAUGACGCUAACGAUCAAAUCGGUUGGACUCCAUUUCACUGGAAGCUCUUCGUCCUCAACGGCUUCGGCUACGCCGUCGACUCCCUCAUCGCGCUCGUGCAAUCCGUCACCAACACCGGGGCGUUCCUGGAGCUGGCGUCGUCGUCGACGUAUCGCAAUGCCGGAACCAUCUCGCUCUACGUCGGACUGCUGGUCGGGGCCAUCUUUUGGGGUUUCGGUGCCGACAUCAUCGGGAGGAGGAUCGCAUUCAACGUCACCUUGUUGAUCACCGCCCUCGCGACAAUCGUGUCGGGCGCCAGUCCCAACAUCGCAUCCUGGGGCUUCUUCAUCGCCCUCUCGGCAUUCGGCGCCGGCGGCAACCUGGUCCUCGACCCCACCGUCUUUCUCGAGUUUCUGCCCAGCAACAAGCAGUGGACGGUGACGGCCUUGGCUCUUUGGUGGGGGUUCGGACAAGCCUUGACAGGCUUCAUUGCCUGGGGUUUCUUGACCCAGGACCGAUGGAACUGCACAGCAGGGCAAACUUGCAACUGGUCGAACAACCCCGGCUGGCGAUACGUCUCGUUCACGGCCGGCGCUUUUGUCUUCGUCACCUCCGUCGCACGGGUGACCAUCAUGCGCUUGAAGGAGACGCCAAAGUACCUCCUCAGUGUCGGCCGAGAUGCCGAUCUUGUGCGCAACUACCAGCAGAUAGCACAGAAGUACGGGGGAGAGUGCUCGCUCACAGAAGAGAAGCUCGCGGCGUGCGGUAAGAUGAAGAACGCGGGGCAAGACAGGCAUACCCUCAAGUUCGUGCUGAACGAGCUGGUCGACCACGUCAGGGGCCUCUUCGUGACCAGGAAGAUGGCGCUCAGCACCACCAUGGUUUGGAUGUCGUGGACUCUCAUCGGUCUCGCCUAUCCUCUAUUUUACGUAUUUCUUCCCUCUUACCUUGCAUCGAGGGUUCCGAACAGCGUAGAGACACCUUACGAGACGUGGCGGAACUUCACGUUGACCAACAUUUCCGGAAUCCCGGGCCCGAUCAUUGCUGGCUACCUGGCUAAUCUCCCCCACGUCGGCCGGAAGUACACGAUGGUCAUCGGGGCGCUCUUGUCCAUGGCACUCUUCUUCGCCUACACUGCGGUGAAAACGGCCGAUCAGAACGUCGGCCUGAGCUGCGCGAUUGCAUGCUGCAUCAACAUCUACUACGGUACCCUGUACGCGUACACGGUCGAGGUUUUCCCUUCGGCACACCGUGCCACGGGCAACGGCAUUGCAGUCGCCUGCAACCGCCUGAUGGGCAUCGUUUCUGCCUUCGUCGCCACCUCUGGCGAUACGACAACUGCCGUGCCUCUCUAUGUGUGCGCAGCACUCUUUGGCCUGAUGGCGGGCGUUUCGGCAUUGUUUCCCUUUGAGCCAUAUGGAAGACGAAGCUCCUAA